AUGGCCGUCUCCGAAGGGAAGUGUGCCAGCCAAUUCUUCUUCACGCUUGCGGAUGGACUGAACGAGCAUGUGGUCUUUGGCCGACUGGUUGAAGGCUUCGAGACCUUGGAGCAGAUCAACAAUCCCUUGGUUGAUGAGCAGGGUCGGCCGCUACGAGACAUCCGAUUACGACACGUGAUCGUCCUCGACGACCCCUUCGACGACCCACCAGGGAUCCUUAUUCCUCCCCAAUCACCAGCUGAGCCUUCGAGCCAUCAGGGGAAAGUGCUUCGCGUUGGUGACGACGAAGAACUCGACCAAGAGCUCCAUCCGGUGGUGGUCGAAGAACGGCGGCGGGAGCGGGAAGCUCGAGCUCAAGCGCUGACGCUCGAGAUGGUCGGUGAUCUACCCUUCGCCGAGGUCGCCCCUCCCGAAAACAUCCUCUUCGUUUGCAAACUCAACUCGAUCACUCGCUCCGAGGACCUCGAAUCGAUCUUCAGUCGCUUCGGAACUCUCCUGAGCUGCGAAGUCAUCAAAGACGCCAAGACCGGCGACAGCCUUCAGUAUGCAUUUAUUGAAUUCGAUCAACGUGAAGAUGCUGAACGGGCGUACUUCAAAAUGGAUGGCGUCCUGAUCGAUGAUCGUAGGAUCCACGUUGAUUUCUCACAAUCAGUAUCCAAACUACAUUCGGAUUGGAUUUUCAAGAGGACAGGGAAACGAGUGAAGCCGAACCAGACCAACGAACAGCGCCCCAAGAAGCGGCAGCCCUCGGAAAGAUCUCCACCACGUGCAAGGCGCGAUUCGAAGAACGAGAUGUCAUUUGAUGACGCCGAUCUGAUAGAGCACACGAUGAUCGACGCCCACAUUCCAGCAGGGACCAUAGAUCCAAUCAUCGCCAAGAUUCCAGAGCCCAUCAUGACUCCAGACACGAUCGUAGCAGACGUCGAUCUAGAAGCCCCGCCCGCAUACACCGGUAGCAACACUCAUCUGCCCUCCCCCUCACUUGUUCGUUAUCUCCAGGCGAUCCCACAAGACAGCUAUCAUCGAUUGUAUUCAGUUCUCAGUGAAACCGUGCUCACCUGCCACAAACCUUCGAAAACCCACCCUGAUUUUUUAAACGUUGAUGAUGUGUCGCACACCUCGAUAAAGAAAAAGAACGUUUUUUCUGCCAGGAACACCAUAUUGCGAUCGCGCGCCUAA